GGGCUUGUAAAACAAUGCUGUGUUUCAUUGCUGAGGAGCACGUCAGGGGUUUUCUCUCCCCCCGAGUUAUUCCUCCAGUUUACCUUCGGACCAGCCUGUAAUGGACUACUCCAGUUUUUACAGCAGCCUGGAUACAUUUUGAGAAAGGUCAGCAGUAUGGCUGAGAAGGAGUCCGAAUCGCCUGGGAAACUAAAGACACUAUUAUAGCCAGAAUUGGCUUUUUUCCCCGGGAUCUAUUAGAACGGACGCAUUUUUCUGUAACAGCUUUCCCAUUUGUGGAUAAUGGAUGGCAGAGAUUUUGGUCCUCCUCGAUCCGUCCACGUACCCCCGCCGCUGUUGGCGGGGCUCGCCAUGGAGUCUCACCGAAUCAGAGCAGCGGCGGCGGCCGGUAGGAUCCCUCACUCGCCCGGGCACCUGGGCGCGAGCCACCCGCCGCCUCUCCACUCUGGGAAAUUUCUGUCAUCGGCCAUUAACCUACACCCACACCACAGUGAUGCCUUCCCAGCAGGCUCCAGUCCCUUCCUGUCAGGUUAUUCAGGUCCCUCCUCAUUGACCUCUGACCCCACGUACAGGUCGGCCAAUCCCAGCAGUCUGCAGAUGGCUCAGCUCUGGGCGUCACACGCUCAUGAAGGCUACCCUCCUCUCCCAAGCAGCAUGUACUCCAGUCCCUACCUGUCCCUGGGCCGCCUGGAGACCUCCUCGCUCUCCCAACAUCCUCUCUAUGAUCCUCACAAAGAUGGAUACUUCCUGUCAUCCUCAUUGAGCCAGUCACCUCUGCACCUUCCGUCUGCGUCAUCGACAACUCCGUCCAGCUCCACGCCUCCCCAGAGGAUAUCCCGAGACGGGGGCAGGGACAGGACUUAUAGGGCAGAGAGGGAGCGGGACAAGGAGAGAGAGCGGCUACGCGAAGAGACCCGGCCGCACAGCGUGGUGGAUCUGACGCAGGAGGGACGAAGUGAGGAUGACCGCAAAGCAAACAGAGAUCGGGAUCAGGACAAAGACAAGGACCAUGACUCCGACAGAGACAGGGAUGGCUGGUCCUUCCAUCCUCACCAGCAAAAGUCACACUCCCACCCUUCCACAGUGGAGUCCAGAUCCAGACUGUCGCCUCCACAGCCCUCGUUCCCUCCUAGAGGGGGUGAAGGCGAGGGCAGGUUCCUUGGAUCGGAGAAAGACAGAAGGGGUCGGGAAGAGGAAGGCGGUUCUCGAUCCAACCACAGCCAGAACUCUAACUCCAAUAACUCCAACUCUCAUUCAGAGCGACAACGAAGGAACGAGUCUGUGGCCACGUCAGCUGGGACCCUGCACAUCUCUUAUGUCCUCCCCCCUCCUCUACAGCAGUCCAGCGCUGGUCUUCCCAACCUCGCCACACCCAGAGACCCUGUCAGAGAGCAGCGAGUCAGUGCGCCCACAUAUGUGCCUUCUGUGGAGGUUUACGAUGAGCGAGUAGGGCCCAUCCAGAUCGCCUCUCAGGCCCGUGACAAUAAACACAGAGACAGAGAAAGGGAUAGAGACAGAGAGCCUGAACGAGACAGGGAGAGGGAGAGCUACAGGUUUCAUGAGAAAAGCCUCAUGGAGCAUCCACAGCUCUCUCAGUCAAGCGAAAUGAACAAUCAAAGAGAGGAAGGUUCUGUAAUUUUUUCCAAUGGUUCUCUUGGUAAACGAAGUCAGGAUGCAUCUUUCUCCUCAAGCCAAUCACGCUUCAGCCCCGAAACCAGGGACCUCUCUAAACACUCACUCAGAGUUGGCGUUGACCGGAUCGGGGCAGAGUCUAAGUGGAACGCCAUGAGCCCGUUAGCCAAUUACUCCACGAAUCACAUGGCUGCUCUGGCAGCUCAUCAUGGACACAAUCACUCCACUUCUCAAAGCCAGCCCUCACAAACACAGAAGUCCAGUUCCCCUCACACAUCACAUCAACCUAACAGCUCGCAGUCCUCCCACAGUCACUCCCCACAAACACAUGGACACGGGCGUGCAGCUGAGGAGGGGAGUCAGAGGCGCUACCUGGACCAGUCGGGGCUCUAUCACCCUGCGGCGUCACUGGUAGGAGCAUCCAGUGGUGGAGAACAUCCAGACUCAACUGAGGUUUCGGCCAUGCAGAGUUUGAUUAAAUACAGCGGGAACUUUGCUGCUGAAGGGCCCGCCUCUUCCAGGCACAUCAUCGAUGGGCGAGAGCCUUUUGGCGGUCUGGGUAACCUCAGGAUGGGUCCCGAAAGAGAGCGGGAAAGAGGGAGGGAUCGAGACAAGGAACGGGUUGCAGGAGCAAUGAGGGUCCCUCCUCAGUUGAAGAGGGAACAAGAGCGGCCGGAUAGCGCCCGCUCCUUCGGGAGAGAGGGGGAGGGCGAGGUUCGCCAUCCUCCUGUCGGGAUUGCUGUUGCCGUUGCCCGGCAGAGAGACAGUGGGAGCACCAGUAAACAGACCAGCGGAAGCUCAGACACACAAAGACCCCUGCUGCAAACUUCUGUUAAGGAUGAGGAUCGAAGGGAAGACCGUGCUCGCCAUCAUGAUGACCGUCUGCUGGCUGGCCGGCUGGAGCGUAAGCAAGAGAAAGUCAUCAGAGAGUCCAAGAAUCUGCCCGAGUUCACUCAGAUGUACCCCACCCCUCUGUCUAGCGGCUUGACACCUAAUAUGAUGACGCCCAGCCUCAUGACCCCUAACCUCAUGGUCACAGGAGGGGCUGCUCUCGAAGGGGCAGGUCGGUGGCCUCCCAACCACUCAACCCUGACCUCUCACCCUUGGAUGUCCCGGCCUGGAGCCCCACCAGUCUGGGUCUCCAGCUCUCCGUACGGCCUGGGUCCCUCGCCUCUCCACCAGACCCUCCCCCCAGGCUACCCACCCUCUCUGCCGGGCUCCAUACCCCCUCCCUACCAGUUUGCCAGGGACCCGCAGUCUGGACAGCUGAUCGUCAUCCCUACUGAACACCUGCCACAUUACGGAGGCGAUGUACUGGAGCGUGGAGCCCCGGUGUGGUCGAGUGUGUACGGCACGGGCAGCUCUCUGCAGCAUGCGGCCCAGCUGCAGCUCCUCUCUCAGCACCAGAUCCUCCGGCAGCAGGAGCUGUUCAUGAUCCAGCAGCACGCAGCGCAGGUCCUGGAGCUUCAGAGGAAUGCACAUAUCGUUGAGCGCCUGAAGGCUAGUGAGCACCGGUCAGAGAUUGAAGACAAAGUAGACAAGCGGAACCCCGACCCAAAAACCAGACCCUCUUCCAUAUCUUCCCCAUUGUCCUCACCUGUGCUGCAUCCUCGCAAACCUCCCCCUCCCUCUCGAUCUCCUACUCCAUCCACAUCCUCCCUCACCCCUCUGCCUCUGACCCCCUCUCCGGUGACCACCCUGAAGUCGGAGGAGGGAGGGCACAGGGUCCUGUCUCACGCACCGAAGCUCCUGCCGCACCCGACAUCUCCACGCUCGGCCUCUCCGCCCCCGUCCUCACCACAACGGCCGAAACAGGAGGUGGAGGUGGGAGUGAGGAAAAAGUCAGCCACUACACCGUUUCAAGGCAUCUACUCUGAUCUGCCUCCAGGUUACCCUUACCAAUCCAUCACUGCUCCGUAUGGCUCAUUUCCCCCUUUGCACAUCCCAGCAUCAACAGCUGAAAACUCAGAAGCACAUCAAUCCUGUUCUCCCGCUCCCGCUGCUCCUUUAACUCCAACUCACCACCAUUCAAGGCUUUUGAAUGCAGAAAUUAAGCCCCAGACUCCGGAGCCACCGAAGGCAGGGUCUUUUCUUAAAUGGGUACCCUGUGAGGAGGACCCUCAACCUGACCUGAUACCAGAGGCCCUUGGUUCCCUUCAGCUGAGCCGCAGCACUGACAAACAUGACGAGGUAGAUGGAGAAGACUCAAAAACCGCCUAUCUUCCAGCUCCACAAGGUGAGAGCCUGCCGGAAGUGGGGAAGGAAGAGAAAAACGAGAGUGUGAUUAAAAUGGAAGCAUCAUCUAACUCAUACCAGGCCAUUAAGGCCCUGUCCCCUAUACCUGCAGAAGAUGAGCCUAAACCAGAAUGUAUCAAGGAAGCAGAGCUAGCACCACUUCACCCAUCCAUCUCUGCAGUUUCAGACAACCAGGAAAUGCCUCAGAUGUGUGUGUCACCAGAGCAGACAACUGCGUGUGAAGAGGAGCAGUCUGACGCUCUAUCAGAUUCCUUCCCACCCUCUCUGGAAGAAAGUAUCUGUGAGCCUCCUGCCCUAAACUCCCCCUUCCCUCUUAUCAGCUCAGACGAUCCUAUGGGGGGGAUGCUCGCCUUGCUAACAGCCAGUGAAAUGGCCCAAGUCCGGCCCAGAACUCCGCCCACCCCAACACUUGAAUCCCAGGUGGAGAAUCCUUCCGUUGCUUCAGACUGCAGCAGCGCAGCAGCUCUGGAGAUGGUGGCUCUGGAGGGAAUGGCCCUCCUCAGUCAAAUGACUCAAAAUGAGACGGAGCUUAUUUUCCAGGCUCAAGAUCUGACACUAGAUGGUCUGGACUGUCUUCUUGAAGCAAGCAGACAGAUUUUACUGGAGGCUAUAGAGAAGCAGUCCCACAUCGAUCUGCCAAGAACUCUGCACUCCGACAAGAAGUACAGCUGGAGGCAGAGGAAGGAAGACCCACUGUACAGUAAAAUGUCUGUGGACAUGUUGGAUGCCGUGGAGGUGGAAUACCGUGUUCACCUGGCCGAGCUGCAGAAGACUUAUAAGGAGAAGCAGAGAGAGCUCAGCAAACUGCAGCGACGCAGGGACAAAAGAGAGAGGCAGCAGCAGGAGGACGAGAGGAGUAGUCUGACCAGACGUGGCAGAGGAAGACCCAGGAAAAGGAAACAUUUGCCUACACCUACCAAACUGGACAGCAGGCCUGGAAAGGUGGGUCGGACAGUGCACUACUCGGAGGACUCUGAAGCCGGAGAAGCACAGAGAAAGAGGUUCCAUUGGUCCAGAGAUGAAGAGGACACAGAAACUGGAACUGGAGCGGUGAAGAAGAAGAAGAAAAAGAAGAAAAGCUGGAAUGACCAGGAGCCGUCCAGCACUCUCGUUCUAGAGGCCUUGAAGGUGAAACGCGGCCACAUGUGCGAGCAAGAGCAGCUGGCCUCGGACCUCGACAGAGCGCUCUCGCUCUCACAACUCGGCUCCCUCGGCACCUCUUGCAAGCUCACCUCCAGCUCCAAGUUAGAGAAGUCAAAGGGCCGAUCUUCUGAAAGCGGGCUGAAGGAGCGAGGCGAUCACUCCUCAGUCAAAGCUGGGAAACUAAAGCUGGCUGCCAAGGCUUCGGCUGCAGAGACUGUCCGAAAGGUGCAAGGUCAGAAGAAGACAAUGUUCUCGUCGAUGAGAUCUGAGCUCAGCAGUUGCUCGAACAAUUCAGAUUCAGAGGAGCAUGUUUCUUCUCGAGGGGGCUGGCCUCCUCACUCGGGGAUGCGUCCCCACGACAGCUCAACCAGGAAGAGGUGUUCCACAUCGCCGACCUCCCUGCUGCCCAGUCAGAAAUCUUCGAGGAAGAAACACAAGCACUUAUCCCUGCUGCUGGAGGAGGCGGGCCUCAGCUCCUCUGACGACUCCUUUGACCAAGAGACUUCUGAAGAUGAGUGUGAUUCUGAUGGUGAUGACGAUGACGGCGCCAGCUGUGAGGAGAGUGGGCUGGGUCUCCUGGCCAGGUUCGCGGCCAGCGCCCUCCCAGUCAGCCCGCCCCCAAUGAGCCUCUUCCAUGACGGCAAACACUGCAGCGGCAGACAGAGCACUCUGGGUUCACCAGAGUGUGAGUGGUCCGAGUCUGGUUCAGACUUGAGGCAGAGGAAGUUCCCUUCCCUUCUGCAUGGGAGGUGCUCAGCCCCUGAGCUCCCCCUCCUGCCGCCAGCCACCCGACGAGGCGAUCAGCCCAGCCCCACCAAGCGAGGUGAAGCGCUGCCGGUCAACCGAAAGCCUCUAACAAAAGCCCGCCCUUCGCCUCGAUCACCACGGAGAUUCAGCUUCGACCUCUCCACCGGGAUCGGAGGCUUCAGCGAGGACGAGGGAUGGAACCGACGACGCAGCGAGAGGAUCUUCCUCCACGACGCUACCACCACGGCCAGUCAGAUGUCUGUGUCCACCUCUUCCUCCACUAGCCAGAGCUCCACAUCCUCCGUCUCAGCGCCACCUCUCAACCCGAAGCCUUCCUUUAAACCAAAAACCACUCCAGGAAUCCGAGAGGGGAAAGAUGUGAUAAAAAAAAAGAAGCAGAAGGACUCUUCUAUGCCGGUCAGCCCAACCACUUUGUGCAGUCCAGUCUCUGAUGGAGCGGCACCUCUGAGCCCGGCACACAAGAGCCAAUCCAAAGGCAAAAGCAAAGCACGAGAGCCGUCCAGGGGCGCUGUGAGCCGACUGAUGGAGAGCAUGGCAGCGGAUGAAGACUUUGAGCCAAACCAGGACAGCAGCUUUAGUGAAGAUGAGCUUCUCCCACCACGAAACAGCAGCGUGUCGGAGAAAUCCUCCACACCUGCUCCCGUGCAGUGCGUGUUGGAUAAGGACUCUCUGGUGGACGGACUCAGGGUUUUGAUCCCGAUGGAUGACCAGCUUCUCUAUGCAGGACACGUGAACACUGUACACUCCCCUGACAUAUACAGCGUGGUGGUGGAGGGCGAGAGAGGGAACCGACCUCACAUCUACUGCUUGGAACAACUGCUCCAGGAAGCUAUAAUCGAUGUGAAGCCUCCAUCCGUGCGUUAUCUGCCAGAGGGCACCCGGAUCGCCGCCUACUGGAGCCAGCAGUACCGCUGCCUCUACCCGGGAACUGUUGUCAACGGAAGCUCAGACAUUGACGAGAAUGGCGAUCUAAUCACGGUGGAGUUUGACGAUGGGGACACAGGACGCAUCCCGCUCUCCCACAUCCGGCUGCUGCCACCGGACUACAAGAUCCACUGCGCAGAACCGUCCCCUGCGCUGCUUGUGGCCGGGCCCUCCAGGAGGAGGGUGCGCAAAUGCAGCAAGGAGGCAGGAGCAAAGCCUGAGGAGACCACACCCAGGAUCAAAGGGAAACCGGGUCGCAAGCCAAAACCCAAACCUGAAACCUCCAUAAAUCAAGAGGGUCGGGAGAAAGCUGAUCUUCUACCUUCCUCCACCCAGUCCGCUGAGAGACCCCAAGACCCAGCAAAACCUGCCCAGGACAGGACCUCCUCUGUCCAGAAAACCACUCAGGAAAAGCCUCGCCCUGCGUCCCGACCAACAAUGGGCACGCAGGGCAAAUCCGACCGGAAGAACUCUGGUGCUUCCCCCACAAGCAGCCCCACACUUCCCAGUCCUGUGUCCCGAAAGAGCAGCUCGGCCCAGUCUCCUGUUUCUAUACCAUCCCGAGCCCUCCCUUCCUCUCUCUAUCCCUCCACUUAUGGAAAGGUUCUGACUGUGAAUCUGUACAGCGAGCCCAACCUUUGCUCCUACAACAGUCAAAGCAGGGACAGGGAGAGUAGCAGCAGCUCCAUCAGUCCCACCACCAGCAGGCCUGUUUCAAGGCCUGCAAUGACUGUUUCAUCCUCUGCACCCAACCCCAGCGCCACUUCCACACCCAGACCUGCUUCUGUCUCCUCAUCCAAAAUGAAGUCCUCUUCAGAUCAUCAGAACAGCCCCAGGACAAGCCUCAGCUCCGGACUGUCUUCCAGCCCCAUUGCCAGGUUGACAACUGGCAAAUCCAGCUCUUCUCUGACACCUAGAUCAUCCUCUUCAUUGCCACCUACUACCACCCCCAAGCCCAAACUGAAGAUCCCAUCAGACGAGAUGUCCUCCAGACCCAUCUCUAGGCCCAAGCCCAUAUCUGGACAAAGAAAGUCCUUGUCUGCAGAGCUUCUCGUCAAGCUGGACCAUGAAGGCGUCACGUCCCCGAAGACUAAAAAGACCAAGGCUUUAAUGUUGCUGGAGGGGCGAGGCAUCAGGCGAGACCACACCCCUAUUACUACUUCCACACCCAAUCAGAAGCUGCCGAAGGCAAAAAUGAGAGGUCCUGAGAGGGCAGCCAGUCUACCUGAGAGGGAGUCUGCCUACAAGACCCCAAUCCUGGCUAAGGACAAGCUGGAGAGUCGUGGGCGGGAAGGUAGAGGACAGGACAUGGACACUAGAAAUGAUAAGGCUAAAAAAGAGGAGCAAAAGGAGCUAAACAAGAGGGAGGAGAGGAAGAUGAAAGAGGAAUCCCAGAGCAGCAGCAGCUCCGAGUCGGAAGAAGAAGGGGAAAAUGGGAAGGUGAAGAAGAAGACGAAAUGCACUUCUAGCUGCUCCUCCUCAUCUUCAUCGUGCUCUGGUUCCUCCUCGUCUUCGUCAUCAUCCUCAUCAUCGUCAUCAUCGACCGAUGACUCUUCCUGCAGUUCAGAUGACGAGAGGCCCCUUACCCCUCCACCUGGCCCCAUCCAGAAAAGUCCAACUCUGGACAAACCUAAAGAAGAGGUGAAAGAGGAGGAGAAAGAGGUGAAGGAGGUGGAAAUUAAAGUAGAGGAGGAAGAAUUAUCCCCUCACUCAGACUCUCCUUCCCCAUCAUCUCCUCCAGUCACCACUGCUCCUGCUCCCAGUAAACCAGCUAAACCCACCACCGGAAAGGGCUCUGGACAGAGGGGCCGUCCUCCGAAACCAAAACCAAGCAGGGGAGAGGGGAAAGCAGGGAGGCCCAAGAGGAGAGAGGGAGUCUACCUCCCCACGACUAAGGAGCUGGCUAAACGUCAGAGGCUUCCCAGCGUGGAGAACAGGCCCAAGAUUUCUGCUUUCCUUCCAGCCAGACAGCUGUGGAAGUGGUUUGGUAAACCCACUCAGAGACGCGGCAUGAAGGGAAAAGCUAAGAAACUCUUCUACAAGGCCAUCACGCGUGGUCGAGAGAUGAUACGCAUCGGGGACUGCGCCGUGUUUCUGUCCGCCGGACGGCCCAACUUGCCCUUCAUCGGACGCAUCCAGAGCAUGUGGGAGUCCUGGGGCAGCAACAUGGUGGUCCGGGUCAACUGGUUCUACCAUCCAGAGGAGACGAACCCUGGCAAGAAACUCACCGAUAAGAAGAACUGGGACCAGAUGUGUGGUCAGUCUUUACCAGCAGCUCUGCACUCUUCUAUCCAAAGGAAGGACUUUAUGGAGCGGGCCCUGUACCAGUCAUCUCAUAGCGACGAGAAUGACGUGCAGACCAUCAGUCACAAGUGUCUGGUGCUGAGCGUGGAGGAGUAUGAGCAGAUGAUCCACACUCGCCGCUACGCCGACAGUGAGGACCUCUACUACCUGGCCGGCACUUACGAGCCCACGACCGGAAUGAUCUUCAACACUGAUGGCGUUCCGGUCAUCUGCUAGACGAACUACUGAAAAAAAAUCAUGACACGACCUCCCGAGGAAUUCGGCCCAAUCCAUGGUCUGAUCACUGAUGUUAAGUUUUUGAAUUAGAACCUUGACUCCAUCAACUGAACUGCUCACAUACCAUGAUACACUUCAGAGAGAGACCGUUGAGGACAGCUCUAACUACGGAGACGGGAGACACUACAGACAGUAUUAAAAAAAGAACCGGUCUCCUGAAGCAUUUGCACACACAGAAUUCAUUAUCCCACUCUAUUCAUGGGGAAAAUGCAUGGAUACUUCCUACUGCGUGUAAAUAUCUCCCCUGCAGAACCAGACACGUGCACAAACACAAUGUAAAUACUUACUCUUAUGUAAGAGACACAGGUAUCUAGAGGAAAAUCUAAGUGUUUUAUUUUUUCGUGAUAGAUUUAUGUCAGAGUACUUUUUUUCUGAAGAGGUUAACAGUAAAGAAGCUUUAACGAACUGUGAAUGACGAAACAGGAAGGGCACAUGCCUGUUCGCCCUACAGGGGGAAAGCUGGUGUGAUGUUGUGAUUAUGAUGUUGCUGUGGUGAUGUUACAGUCCUGUUACAGUCAUAUAAAUGUGUGUACAGAACAGCCGGAGCAACAGAAGCAAAGAAAGAAAUGCACAGAAAGAUUGAGGUAGACUCAUCGAAAUCAAACAGAAAGCACUUAGAAACACUUAAAGUGUACUUUCGUGUUAUUUAACCCCUGCAAUCCCCUCCCUCCUGACAAUUGGAACUCAGGACAAAGUGUCCCUGCAUGGUUGAAAUUUGACUCCCUCGUUAACUCAGGCUAAAGAGAAAGGUAAGAAAUGUUGUAUCUUUGAAAGCACUUCUCCGUUUAAAGGACAAAUACACACCGAAACACACUAUGAAAGAAAACCAGCGGCGGGCUGAGGAUCUUCUGUCAUAUUUGCCCAUUUUGCACCUCCGUUCAGCAACACUUUUCUGCACAGCCACGAGAUAGUAGACAUGGGCCGGUAUCAGAUUCUCCUGGUUUAACCUUGAGUAAAAAUACCAAGGUUUCACUUUAUUUACCCAAAAAUAUAAGCAAAAAUGUAAAUAACAUGAUCUUAACUGCUUUUAUUUAAAACAGAAAAGCAGCAAUUAUUCCAGCUGUUGCUAAAAUAGUAUAAUAUAUUUACUUACAUAUAGUAUAACGUUUUCUGUGACAUCGAUUAUUUUAAUUUUGAGACAUAGAUUUAAGCCAAAGUAUAGUAUAAUUGUACUUGUAGAGUAACACAAGUAUAAGUAGCUGAAAUUAGCUGGUUAAUAAGUCUGACUGUUUGGGGCGCUAGCCUGCAGUCUGCUGCUUUACAGAACUAGUUUGCCAACUGCAGCAUGGCCUUAUUAAGAGUGAUGGUGACACUCCUUUAGUUUCCACACCAGGACAUCUUUUCAUUAUAGGAAAUAUUGCCAAGCAGCUGAAUUUGUCUGGAUGUCUGGAAAUUAUUUAGUCGUAGGAAAGGAUACAGCAGGAAUGUUAGCCGUUUUAAAGUUUUAAAACGGCUUUAGGCCUGUGCAUGUUUUGGUAAUUAGAUCCUCAUUUAAAAAAACUUUGAAUAAAAAUGAAAAACAAGACGUAAUUAGAUUUUUGUUUUAAAAUGUGAAAAUAAUUACUACAUUGAAUUUUUUUUUCACAUUUCUUUUCCUACUUGAAAGUGUUCUGCUUUCUGCAUUUUUCCAACAUAAAACCGAUAUACAGUCAUUACAAUCUGUUAGAAUAUUAUUGAAAAGUUAAUUUAUUUCAGUAACUCCAUCACUAAAUGAAACACACAAAGGUUAAUUACACAGACGUUUUCAGGUCUUUCUUUAAAUGAAAUAAAGGAAAUUUAAUAUUUAGUGCUUUAAAACAAAAAUCAAGUAACUUUUUGUAUUCCUUAUUUAUCAUGAAGAAAUCCUACUUCCAAACCAUAUACGGCCUCCUUGAUACUGGUAGCCGGCCAAUGCCUACAGGAUGGGGUUGCCUAGAGGCUCUGUCAAAGAAUUUAAUUUUUUCUUUUUCAUGGAAAACAGGACAACCUCCUGAUCUCAACGUAUGUGUGGGAUCAGGAAUCCUAUUCAAUGGGAAUAUUUUUGUUUAAUGGUCAUAAACACUGCAGUCAGUCCAAGAUUCAUCAAGGUCAUGGUGCUGAUAUUCACCACGCAGCUGUUGAAACUGAUUCGAUCAGCAUAAUUCAAUUUUGAACACUCAUUUUUCACAGCUUGGCAUCCUUCAUCCUCUCGUUUUGUCUGCAACCUUCAAAUGUCCUGUUUGUUUAGUGUUUUCUUUCCUUCUUUCUUUUUGAAAAUUCAGCUUCUGCUGUUUUGUUGGAGUUUCUUUGCCCUUUUUUAAUCACACGCUUCCCUCCAAACAAUCACCGUUUGCACACGAGUGCACUUUGAAUAAGGAGACUCUGAGGGGUUGUAUUGUGUCUUCCUCGAGUAUUUCCUCCCUCCGGUUACUCCCCCCACCUUUACCUAAUGAUGCAGGUAAACAAACGAGUGCAGCCCCGUCCAUCAUAACACAUUCUGUUUGCUGGUUUCAUUUAGCUGCCACUGAGUUUUUUUCUAUGUGCCUCAUUCAAGGUUGUUUUUUUCUGUUGUUUUUUCAGUAAGACUGUUGAAUGUUGUGCUCAGGAUUGUGAGUGCUUUACGCGGCCUUACUUUCCCAGGCCUUAAAAUGAUGUUUUGCCAAACUCUUUUUGUCUCCCUUCAGUGUGCACAAUCUUCAAAGGAAUGAUCCUGUUUUUUUCGCAGUCUUUUGCCUUCUUUAUUAUACCGUUUUCUAAAGAGUAUCAGAUAUGUCCGUGAAUAUGUGCAGUGUGUUACUGUAUGUACCUGCGUUGGUCUUUCUUUACUGGGCAUGGGCUGGUGUUAGAUUGUCACGGUAUGGUAAACUGUCGUAGAAAUACCACGGUAUCAAUUCUUAAUAGAAUUGAAAAACAAAAUGUUUAACCCGUAUUUGGAAAACAGAAGCAAAAAUUAGUCAGCCAAAUUUGUCUUUGCCGUAAGCGAGAAAAAAGUGUAGGCGUUUUCUUUCGGCCAGCUGACCAGCAGUGCAUGGUAAUAGGCAGAGCUGUGAUGAUAAGGCUGCUUUAGUUUCUAAACAGCUAAUUGUAUUUUUGGUGACUGGAAAUAUUUCCAAACAGCCAAAAGUUGUUGCCUUCUUUCAGCCAGCUGACCGUCGGUGGGCAACUCAAUGCUACUUACAGUCACACUGGCACUUCUCUCAUUUAAAGACUUUAAACCAUAAGUAUGAACCUUAACUUUAUAAAACCUUUGUAUACCUUGUUACCGUGAACCAACCCAUGCCUACUCUUUACUUUCUCUCUGCACUGUGGCAGAGUUAGAAGACUGUCUUGUUGAUAUUCAAUACUUUUUAAUAUUUUCUACUUUCUCUUGAGACUUUCUCUACAUUUGUCUUUUUUUAUGUGCCGUUGCUGGCUGCAGAAUGCUUAGAUGAGGAUUUAGAGGAAGAACCAACAUGUUUUUAUCUUCCUAUUAAACCAAGCAUUUCAGUGCACAUUUACAGAUAAUCCAGACAUGACGGCCUCCCAGUAAAGUUUUUUUUUUUUACACGUGCUGCUAAUCUGAUCGUAUUUAAAAUGGUUUAAACCAGGUACAGAGUGAUUCUAUUUACUGUUUUUAUUUUUAACUUUCUAGAAAAAAAGUGAUCUGCUAAAGCCCCCGUUUUCCUGAUUAUGCUGCUCUUAAGUCUGUUUGAGUGACAGGCGCCGCAGAUGGAUCUCGGUUUGGUAUCUGAGCACUGCAGAUUCACAAGUCGUACCGGCAUUUGCAGAGUGAAAAAGUUUAAAGUGCCCGUAAUGAAUGUUUUUUACCCCUGGAGCUGAUGAAGCACUUUUCUCUGUAUGUCUGUGUGUGUGUGAGGAGUCUGAUAAGACAUCAGUCUUAUCUCCUGAUAACACACACACACACCUACACACCCUGAAAGCCCCUUUUACAGGUGUGUGUUCUUGCCUUCCAGUCUCUUACUUUGCCCCCUCAUCUCCCUUCAAAGCCCAGUCUUCAGCCUAAACAGGGUUUGACACUUACAUAUUUUUACUCUCCACUACGCUUUGAUUAUUUUGCUUUAAGACCCUGAUUUUGUAUAUGUUAUCAUGUUUUAGAAUGGUUUUUUUUAUCUAGUUUUUUUUUUUUUUUGCUGGGCUGCUUUCAGCAUUUUUCUAAAUGUUAUUUUUGUCAUUUAUAGUUUGUUUUUUUUCUUCCCUUUUGCUUCCCCUUUCUGAACAAUCGUCCAUGCCUCUUAAGCAAUACUGCUGACAGGCACUGGGAGCUAGCUGCUAGAAAGAGAGAGAGAAAUGGAAGAGCAAGCAAACACGUGUAUGAAAGAGAGAGAGAGAGAGGUGGACUGGAGGCUGGUUCUUCGUCUGCUGUUCCUUCAGUAUCGUUAUUGUCCUGUUACAGGAGAAAAAAAUAUUUUGAGAAUAAACAGAAGAAUCAUCUAAGUUUUGUAAAUGAUCCUUCGCUGUCGGGGGAAGAAAACUAUCAGAAUAUACUUUGUCUAAUCUUGUAAAAAUGCAAAAUGAAUACAUUUUAGAGAGAAAUCUGAAGCUACAUAUAUACUGUCACCCUAUACUAAAUGUGUAAGGAACUCUGUUUUUGGCUUUCUUUUACAGACGGCAACAACGUUUAUCAGUGUUUCUUUAAAAUUGUUUUAGUAGGUAAAUAUUUUAUAGUUAAUCAAUAAACAGAUGGAACUGUA